GAUGUUUGGUUUGUUACAAAAAGUCCAAGUGAAACAGAUCUAUUCCUGCCGACCUCUUUCAGUCUGCGCCCCGGUAGCGAGUUCUGUAUUUCUUCGAAAGGGAAAUAGAGGUGAAGAUCUUGAGGCUGUUUGCUCUGGACGGAACCUGUGUGAUGCUGAGCACAUGAAUAGUGUGCAGGGACUCUUGGCUGCCUCUGUGAUUUCCAUCCAGAAUUCCUGCUUCACCUAUCCUGCCUGUCAAAACUGCUUUUCUAGGCUGAUACUGGAUUCCAGGAGGUUCAGCUGUCUAAAAUGUGGCUGCACAGGUGAAGCUAAAGAUGCAAGCUACAGAUAUAGAUUGUCCCUAAAGAUUGCUGACACUAAUGAUUUGUUUGACAUCACUGUUUUUGGAAGUUGCUUAGAUCCAUUCUUUGGGGUCACCGCAGAGAAUCUGCAGAGGUAUAUUCAAGACUUCAAUCAGCUGUCAGGAGAAACAAACACAGAGUCAACUACAAGAGCAUUAGUUCAAGCAGUGGAAACCUGUUUCAUUGGAAAAAGGUUUAUAUUUGGAGUGAAGCAUUGUGCAAAGGAAGAUGGAGGGCGUUCUGCUGCCAGCAGCAUCUUGCAGAAGUGUUCCAGAAUUAAUAGAAGUACGAAAAACCUUGUGGCGUGCCAGAUCUUCCCGCCAAGUGCUGCUGUUACUGGCUUUACUGUUAUCAGCUACUUAGAUCAUCUCCUGCAGUCGGCAAAAUUCAGGAGCUGUAAUAACAGCUCAUCUUUACCUGAUGCGUCAUCAGCUCCCAUAGAUGAACCUCUCAGUGAGCUCAGCAGCUUGUCUAGCCUGAGCAGGAGCUCCUGUUUUCUUCAGUCUAGUGGCAGGGACAGUUUUUUAGGGUGCUGGCAGCAAUCCUUAAGUCUGACUUCAUCUGUUGCUUGGGUAACAGUGGAAGACUUUCCCACUCUGGAAGUGGGAAAUCUGGUGAGUGAACAGCAUGAACAAGAGGAGAAGCCUGUCUCUACAGAAUUGGGCAGUGUAAGCCUCAACAAUCAAACUCUUUGGGACUCACAGUUUCUGAUCUCUUCCGUGAAGGAAAGGGAUAAAGAGAAGAAUAAUGAAUUAAGUUCACAGCUUAGUCGGACUGAUGGUAUCUCUGCAACUGAUAAAUUGGAGAGAGUUUCCUCUUCAAACACCAAAUGUUCACAUGGAAACAGUUCCAAGUUGUUACAACAUCCCUUGAAAUCUGAGGUAAAAAACAAUUACCCAAAAAGUAAUAGUAGAAACUAUUGUUACGCAGAAAAAUCCCACAACUCCCUUGUUUGCAAGAGAGAUGCCUCAGCUCCUAAUCAUGUAAAUGUAGCUGAAGUGUCUCAGAUGGACUCUAUAUUUUGGGAAGAGCUCCCAUUCUCAGAAAGCCUAAAUGAAUUGUUAGCUAAAAUAGAGGAUGGCAGGAGUGUUGUAACAUCACCCAGCCCUGAUGCAGGCAAAUUUGUCCAUCUUGAAAGUAACAAGUUGGGUGUAAAUCUUAACAAAUCGUAUUCCAAGCAAGCUGUACGUCAUUUGCCUGCAGCCAGUGUGUCAGGGAGGCUCUUGCCACCAGCAGGGAAUGAUAGUUGGGAGACCACAGUGCUUGCUUGUCUUCGGUCAAAUGCAAACCCUCCAAGUGAUGUCUCACAAUACGAGUCUUCCCCUAGUGAUUUGUCUUCAACCCUCAAGGAAGGUGGAGCAUCCUCUCCAGUUACACCAGAGCCUUCCAUUUCUCAGAGCAGAUGUGUGCAGCCCAAAGAAGCAAAUAAUGACAAUGCAAAUUCAUCUUGGUCUUUUAUUAGGCUGCAUGGAGAAACCUCCUGUUCAAAAAAGAGCAAGACAGCCGCCUGUGUGCAUUCUGCAUGUGAAAGCUGUUUAGCUUCUUGUGAAAAUAAAGAAAAUUAUUCUACACCAAGCAAAAAAAAGGAUCUUACACUCACAGGGGCCCAGGUCUCUGAUACACCAACUCCCAACAAUGCAAGUAUAUAUGAAAGAGAAUUAAAACCAUUGGCAGAACUGUCAGAUAAUACCUUUGGAAGUGUUAGUAGGAAAGAGCUGCAGUGGGACAGCAUCUUCCCUGAAGGCAUCUACAAUGCUUCUGCUGAUCUCUUUGAUGCAAGUGUAAGAGAUGUAGCAAAACCUGUGGAAUUCUUAAAUAAAUCAUGUAACUCUUUCAUACAGGAGGAUACUUUGACAGAGAAGGUCACAGCUGAAUCAGUGCUUUCUCCUGGAGGUGUUCCUUGUAGCAGUUCAAAACUGAGCUCACGCCUACACAGGUCCCCUCUGGCUUUUAGCAAGCACAGCACACCUGUAACUUACUCCUGGGAUUCAGAAUGCAGUUCAGUUUGUGCUCAGGACUUUGUUCCUUAUUCACAAUCUACUCCUAUGACAAAACCUCUGCAGAAACUAUGGCCUGUUGGGGAAAGAAGCUCUUCUAUCACCCUCUUCACCCCUACAAAUCCCACUAAAAUCCAUUCCAAAGGCAAGCGACUCAGGUCUUCCUUUCAGAACACUCUGCUUCAGCAGCUUACCGGCAAGUUAGUGAAACAUGACAGACCAAGGAACAGGAAGGACAAAGAAAGUGGUAGCUGUGCCUCCCAGAAGUUCCUUAACAGCCAACUGCCUGCCAGCUUGGAGGAGUGGGUCCCUCCAUCUUCAAACAAAGGUCUGAAACCGACUGCAUCUUUAAAUUUAAAAACAGUUAGCUGGGCUGCUGACUUGCAAUCCACCUGUGGGCACACUAGCAGGAACCCUAUUUCUGAAAGCAGAAAGAACAUUGAAAAUUAUGAAAAUCUCAUCCAAAAUGAGAGAGUAAGCCCUGGGGAUAGAGCCAGGAUUCUAACAACUCCUUUAUCUGCAAGUGUCACCACCGUCCUGAAAACUUGUUCCCCUUCAGAAGGUGAGAAUCACCUCUCAGGUGGAAAUUAUUCAGGAGUUGUGUUGGAAGGGCCAACUCUUUGGUCUCCUGAGCUGUUCUUCCAAGCACGGACCCCUUUUUCCAAGAAGCCGAAGUACUAGGAAAGAUAACGUUUCUAUCCUGUGUUCUUUUUAUUUUUUUUUUUAACUUUUGGAAAGGAUCUGGUGAAAGGAAAGAACUAUUUGAAAGUUAAAUUGUUUAUACAUCUGUCAGCAUAUGUCUUGCAAAGAGGAGUUGGGUUUAUUUUCAGACCUUUGUACCACAGAGAUGAGGGAAAUUAGAAUUUGUAGUUACUAUAUUUUCUUGAAAAUUAAUGAGGAUGUGCAAUAAACACUUUUGUAAAUAUGUGAGUAUUGAAUAGAUCUCACUUCAUAAAGAAGAAGUAGGUGAAGUGUUUUAAUGUUCGCUGUUGUCUUUUCAUCACAAGAGCAGCCCUGGAAUCCAUGUCCACUCCAGAUUCUUGCCUGAUGACUCGGGAGAAGGGCCAAGUUUUUAUUGAAGAUUUGAUGGUGCCUUUUAUCUGAGCCCAUUGGGAUCCAGUGACAGGCUUGAGCUGGGUGAAGGGGGCCAUCCUGAGAGCUUGGUAGCAGCUCCCAGUUUUCCUAAAGGCUUUUUCAAGUUAAAGACUGCCAGUGGUAGAUUCCUGACAGUUUCUUCCCUCUCCUUGCAUUAAGGUCUUCUGUAUCCCAAAUCCAAAACAGCUGCAUUUAGGAUCAUUGAACAGAGAAAUCUUGGAUCUGCUGCUUGUAAGCCAGGUCCUGCAGAAGGAUGUGGGAAUCUGGUGAUACGGGAUCUGAGCAGCCUGAAAUUGCUGACAUUUUGUUGUGAGUGAGUGUUUUAAGGUCCUGGUGUCGCCCAAGGGGGUGAAGGGGCUGCACCACAUUUGUAGAACCAGAAACGGACCUAAAAGUACUUGCUAUGACUUUCUUUUGAGGUAUAAAAUAAAUAUGAACCAUUUACAUUGUGACUAGUGACAGGGAGGGGUUACUUGGUUCCUUCUCAGCUGCAAGGUGGAUGUUUUUAUCUUCCUCAUGUUUGAGGCCUUUUAUGAUUUCUACAGCAUCUACUUAAGCCUCCCUCUUAGUUCAGAAGAGUUUUUUAGGAAUAAGGGCAUUUACUGUCACUGCCUUGUUCCUUAUCCAUGAUUUCUAGCAUGGAUCACCAUCACAGAACAUAAAGGUAAACUUUUUCAGUUUCUCAGUCUCUAGCCUAACUUCUGCAAUGCUUUUAAUCAAAUGCUUUUCCCUUUGAGGGAUGGGAAGGAGAAGGGUUUUGGAAUCAAACGAGCUUCUCCUGUGGCUGAGCAGGGUAUAAAUGAGGUACAGCCUCUCCUGCCAAAGGUGUAGAUGUGCUGAGGCUGCAGGCAUUUCUGUAGGCUGACCCAAGAAAAAGUUACAUGGUUAUGCAGCAGGUCUGCCCAAGUAAAUUCCUUCUACAAAGAAGCUUUUUAAAGUCGGCAUUGGUUGGUUUGGUUAUGUUUUUUUUCCUCCUUAUUUACAGUUGAAAUCUAGGCACAGGUUCAAAGACUUGCCUGGCAUUGAAAGGACAUAGAGCACAGCUCUGCAGAUCACUGAAAGACCUUAUCUCUUCUUGCUAUCCCCAGCAAGACACUCCAGAACACCACGAAAGUUCUGCUGGUAUUUAAGGAUCCUGCAACAGCAGAUGGCAGUGGAAAGAGGCGCAAGAUUUCUCCUGACAGGUCCAAGCCUAGAGCUUUGCAGUCCCUGAACCCUAGACAUAAACAGAAGAAAAAGGAUCAUCUUAUUACAGCAAAGAGAGAGACAGAAAAAAUAGCAGGAUUAGACAUCACAAUUUUUAACAAUGUUUAAUUGAUAAGCUGAUGAUGUUUUUAAACUGAGAGAGGGGAAAUUUAGGUUAGAUAUGCAGAAGAAAUCCUUCACCAUGAGGGUGGUGAGGCACUGGCAAAGGUUGCCCAGAGAAACUGUGGAUGUCCCAUCCCUGAAAGCAUUCAAGGCCAGGUUGGAUGUGGCUCUGAGUAGCCUGGGCUAGUGGAAGGUGUCCCUGCCCAUAGCAGAGGUUUUGGAACAAGAUCUUUAAAGUCCCUUCCAACCCAAAACCAUUCUGUGGUUCUGUGACCAAGGUAAGCUGUGAGUGGAGUCGCUUGCUGUCACUUGUGGUGCCAGUGACAGCAGAACACGGCAGGGCUCUGCUGUAAAGGAACACAGAGCUCCCUAUGCAAGGUCUCCUGGCACAGCCAGAGGGACAGGAGGUAAGAGCAGAAGUGUAAGGGCUUUGCAAACUGCUGCUGAGUUGUCCAGCUGAGCUUUAGACCAGCAAAUCAGUGCACCAAAACUACAUCAGGGCUGCUUCAGUCAGGGUAGGGCAGGGCUCCAGGAUGAGGCCAAGUGAAAAGGCUUGGACUUGUGCCUGCAUUUACCAAGUGCUGUGCCUAUUGAAAAGAUUUUAUAUAUUGCAAAUAAAAUCCAACUUGAUGAACCCUUGGGACAAGUGGAAAAGGAGUAAGAAAUGUUGCCUGCCUGGAAAUUACCAAUCUGCAUGUAUAGCUUAUGUAGAAGAAUUGAAAUGAAAGACUCAUAUCUAAAUCACUGAGCAUAGGGAAGGCAAUGCAGAAAAGGUUUGAAGACAUCAUAACACUUGAAACCAGUUUUUUCUACUACAGCACAUAAUGGGGUAGUGCAGUUACCAUUGGCUCUUUAAGCACUCCCUUGUGAUGAACUGGACAGAUACCCCACUCAAUCACCAGGAGUUAGAGCUGAUCCAAGUGAGACACCAGAGACUUGAUGCAGCUGGCUAUGAAACACUGCUAGAGCUUCUACAUCAUAUACCUGACAGCAUCUUGACAUGAAAUGUUUGGUCCAGCAUGAGUGACUUUUUUUUCAGCAGACAAUUCAUCCAUAUACUGGGGUAAGUGAUAGCUUUGGUGCAGGCUGAUGUGAUUAUAAUUAUAAGCUUGUAAAAAAAGACUAAAGCUCAGCAUGUUUAAUUCUGAGGGUAAUAAAACUCCUGAAAAUGCA